UUGAGAAGCUGCACAUUGGAGCUUAACACGCCAAGUGCCUCACACCUUCCAGAAAGGGGCGGCCAGCGCGUCAAUCAGCGCGGAGACGCCAACAUAUUAGGAAGCUGCAUCGACGCUCGACUCUGGAGUACAGCGACUCAUCGCCAUCAGGGCCGGCCCAGGCACGCUUUCUGGCGGGGCUCUGAGGCCUGCCUGCCCUUUUGGAUCCAGGCCAGUCGCAUCGCGCAAUCGCUGCCCUGGGGCCGAGGAAAAAAAAUUGUCCGCUCAAGGGGCCGGCCCAUGAUACUGUGUAUAAAACAACAGGGCAUCCCGCCUUUUGCCCUACGGUCGGGCUCCAGGUGUAGGCAGCCCACCCCGCCCUCGUUCUCUCCUCCUCGGCAAGUCAUAGGCAAGCUCUACGCUCCCCAUUCACUUGGAUUCGACCCGCCCCGACAAGUCAAACAUGCAUCUGCACCUGUCCGUCCUCGGCCUCCUGGCCGCCCUGGCCGCCGCGGCCCCGGUCGACCCGCCGACGCCCAGGCCCGCCCUGGUCGAGGGCGACAGCCUCCGGCUGAUCAAGACCGCCCCGGAGACGAGCCAGUGGGUGACGGAGAAGGAGCUGGAGGAGCUUCAGGAGAAGAACGUCAAGUUCAUCGACGUCACCGACGUCUCGGAGAGCGAGCUCGAGAUCCUGUCCCUGCCCGCCGACGCCGACGUCUCCAAGCUCGCCGCGAGGCAGGCGCAGACGUACCCCACCUCGCUAUCGCACCAGACCGAGGCCAACAGGCUGAUCGGGACCGCCUCGGUCGCCGGGCCGCAGAGCAACCUGCGCUCCAUCACCGGCUUCACCAACCGCCACUACCAGUCCGCCACCGGAGUGACAUCCGCCACGUGGCUGUUUAACACGGCCAAGUCCCUCGCGGCCUCGAACCCGGCAAUCACCGUGACGCAGUUCGCGCACAGCUUCCGCCAGCCGUCCCUGAUCGUCAAGAUCCCCGGCUCGGCGUCGGCCGGCUCCGUGAUCGUCGGAGCCCACUACGACGGUGUUGGCACUGGCAGCACUCGCCGGGAGGCCGCCGACGACAACGGCUCGGGCAGCGUCGUGCUCCUCGAGGCGCUCCGCGUCCUGACGGCCGCCGGCUUCAAGCCCAAGCAGACGCUCGAGUUCCACUGGUACGCCGGCGAGGAGGCCGGGCUCCUGGGCAGCAGGGACGUCUUUGCCAGUUACAGGUCCCAGGGCGCCAAGGUGCUCGCGUACCUCAACCAGGACAUGGCCGGCUACUCCCCCUCGGGCGCCGUCAGCGUCUACACUGACUUCGUCGACACCAGCCUGACUGCCUACGUCAGGCUCAUUGCCAACACCUAUACCGGCUCGGUUGCCACGACGAGCCAAUGUGGCUACGGCUGCAGCGACCACGCCUCGGCCCGGUCCAACGGCUUCCCCGCCGCCUUCGUCACCGAGGACGUCUUCGAGAAGACGUCGCCCUUCAUCCACACGGCCCAGGACACGUACUCGACCAUCCAGUGGGACGCCGUCCUCCGCCAUGUCAAGCUCACCAUCGGCUACCUCGUCGAGGCGUCGUACCUGUGAGGCGGCGUUGGGACACAUACACACACAGCACGCUGUUGGGGGAACAGACCCGGGCGGUGAUGGAGACUUCUGCUGCAUGCGUACAUAAGCAGCCAUAGUCUGUAUAUACUUGUUCAUGGUAGAUAGUUAUGACGACAUGCUUUCUCGGA